AUGGCGGAGGAAGCGUCUGCCAAGUGUCAUUGUGGCCAGAUGUCCGACCAGAGCGGCAACCUCGACGUCGUUCACGUUCCUGGUCAGAAGCGCGAGUACACCGUAACCCUCAAAGGGGUUGAGCUCCACGACAAGGAGACGAUGGAGGUCGUCUGCACCAGCGAACUAGACAAGGCCGACGAGAUGAUCUUUUGGAUCAGGAGGAGCGCAUGUGGCUCGUAUCCCCACAUCAUCGGUGUUGAUGUGGAGUUUACCGAAGAUGAUGAACCUCCGCAGAUGACAGCAGUUCUGCAGUUCUGCGUGGAGGGUCUCUGCCUCGUGUACCACAUUGCUGCGGCCACAGAAUGGCCAAAGCGCCUCAAAGAGUUCCUACAGGAGGAGAAGUUGUUCACCUUUGCCGGUUUCGGCAUUAAAAAUGACAGGGACAAGUUGAAGAUGUUUGGUUUGGAGAUAAACCCCAACAAGCACAUCGACAUUCAGCGCAACUGGAGAGUUCCAUACAACGGAAAACCGUAUGACUCCUUGGCUGAUGUUGCAGCCAGCAUCAUCCACCCAUUCUAUAGCAAGAUGAAGAACAAGAUCGACAAGGAGGCAGACCAUAAACUGUGGGGGGUCAGCCCACUGCCAGAUUACUUCAUCGAGUACGCAGCAAUAGAUGCGUACGCCACCUACAAGUCGUGGAAGAUAAUCAACAACAUCAAAAGAGGUCUGGAAAUUUCAAAAGAGCAGGAAGAGGACCCCUACUACCACUGCCACUAUGCGGGAUGA